GACAGCACCUCUGCCACCUCCUGCCUCUCCUCUCCUGGCUCGGAGUGCAGCUCCCGUGCUGGGACACUCUGCAGUGACAUUGCAUUUGGCCUCUCUCCUCUUCAUGUCCCACUGGAAGUUGUUUCAUUUUUUUAGGUGAUUCCAAAGCACAAGUUUGUCCUUGUGAAAUUUGACACCCAAUAUCCUUACGGAGAGAAACAGGAUGAGUUUAAAAAGCUGGCAGAGAGCUCUGGCUCCAGUGAGGAUCUUCUGGUGGCCGAAGUGGGAAUAUCAGAUUAUGGUGACAAACUGAACACUGAGCUGGGAGAGAAGUACAAGCUGGACAAGGAAAAAUUCCCUGUUUUUCACUUGUUCCAGGAUGGUGACUUUGACAAUCCCUUGCCUUAUGAAGGGCAGGUCAAGGCUGGGGCUAUCCAGCGCUGGCUGAAGAGCAAUGGCAUCUACCUGGGCAUGCCAGGCUGCCUCAAGGAGUAUGACCUGCUGGCCAGCAAGUUUGUGAGCACCCCUGAGAAGUCUGAGCGCCAGGCCCUCCUGAGGAAGGGGCAGGAAAGCUUGGGAAGAGCAAAGGAAACCGAGAAGAAAUCGGCUGAGCAAUACUUGAAGAUUAUGAGCAAGAUCCUGGAGCAGGGAGAGGAGUUUGCUGCUAACGAGGUCGUGCGAAUCACGAAGCUGAUCGAGAAGAACAAAAUGAGUGAUGGGAAGAAGGAGGAGCUCCAGAAGAGCCUCAAUAUCCUGGCUUCUUUCCUGAAGAAGAGUAGUGAGAAAGAUGAGCUCUGAGAUGUUGGAGAACUUUGUACAAGCUGUGAAACACUGUCAAGAGUCCUAACCAGUUCUCCUUACGCAAGCAAACUUCCCGCUGACUUCAAGAGAGCAGCAGAUUUCCUUCUGGUAUUCUCAGUUUAGAAGAUCAAGAGGAAGACAUUCCUUAAAAACACAGUAUUCUACAUGUUGGUAAAACCACCUACAGGCAAGGCACGAGUGUUGUGUGAUACUGCUCAGUAACAGUGCUACAGCAGA